UACUUAGACUGGGUUUCCUAUACGCUCUAAGCGUUGGCUCGGUCUGCAGUCUCGCGCGGAGUGUAUAGUCGAGUAGUGGCCGACUGGUGUGUGUGUUCCCACUUCUCUUUACUUCCCUCGCUUCUGUUAGACCUCGCGUUACCAGAGUCUAUCAGUCGCGUUUGUACAAGAAAUGGAGCUCGAGCAGCCAACAGCGCAUACGAAUUCCGAUCCAGAAAGAAAGACCAAGGAGAUCAACAAUGCAACUGGGAAUCACAACGAUACUCAUAUAAAUGGCAUGUCCAAUGGAUUUGAUAAAAAAAGAGAACAUAAGUCAGAUCAUAAGGAUAAAGACAAAGAACGAUCUCAUAAGUCGGAUCAUAAAGACAAAGAGAGGAGUAAAGAUAAGGAUAAAAGUCAUAGGAGUGAACACCGGGAUAAAGACAAGGACAAACAUAAACAUAGUUCUAGUUCCGUUAAGGACAAAGAUAAACACGAUGGUAGUAACAGCAGCAAAGACAAAGAUAGAAAGAGUAGUUCGUCGUCGAGUAAGGAUAAAGAACAUAAAAACAGUAGUUCCUCAAGCAAAGACAAAGAGAAAGAUAAAAAUAAGGACAGAGAACAUCAUCACAAAUCUAGCUCCAGUUCUAGUUCCAAAGAUAAAGACAGACAUCACAGUAGUUCCAAGGAUAAAGAAAGCUCUAGCAAAGACAAAGACAAGAACAAAGAUCGGGACAAGGAUAAACACAAGCAUAGCCUGAGUUCAAGUUCACGAGACAAAGAUAAAGAUAAAAGUAUAUCCAAAGACAAGGAAAAAGAGAAGAAACAUUCAUCGGAAAAAGAUAAGGAAAGACAUUCAACAUCUCAUACGAAUGACAAAGAAAAGCAUCGCUCUGCUGACAAAGACAAGGACAAGUAUAGUUUAUCUAGUAAAGAUAAACAUCGCCAUGAAAAAGAUAAAGAUCGCCAUCGUCAUGACAAAGACAAAUCUAAACAUAAGGAGGAAAAAGAUAGAAAGGAGAAAGAAAAAGAAGAUAUUAAAGUGAAAGAAGAACCAAUGGUUGAGCAGCCUAAUCAUCAUAUACAAGCUGGAGAGUUUCAAUUUCUAAGUGUUAGUUCAAUUAUAAAACAAGAAAUGAAAGAGGAACCAGUUUCACAAAUUGAACCAGAAGAUGAUGAUGACAGCGGUGGUGAACAACCAUUAUACAUUAAAGAAGAAGAGGAUGAAGAUGAGCCUGUUAAUGAACAGGAAGCUAGUAUGGAUUCAACUGAUGGAAAUGAUACAAGACUUUCAGAUCUUCAUAACACGACUAUUAAAACUGAAGAAGAAUCAGAUGAAGAUGUGCCUUUAAGUGCAAGAUCUGUGGCUCCUACAAGCAUUAAAAGAUACUUGGAAUCAGAAGAAGAAGAAGAUGAUAUUCCUCUUUCAGCACGUAAAAAGCCUAAAAAAACUGAAACAAAAACAAAGAAGAAGAAACGAAAGCAUGAAGAUGAUGAAGAUGAAGUUGAACAAAAACCAAAAAAGAAAGGUGCAAGAGCAUCGAAAGGAGAAAAUGCAAGUCCACGAAAGAAAAAACAAGAAGAAGAACAAGAAGUUUGGAAAUGGUGGGAAGAAGAAAAAAAGAAUGAUGGAACAAAAUGGACAUUUUUGGAACACAAAGGACCAGUAUUUGCACCUGCAUAUGAUCCUCUUCCUCCUGAUGUGAAGUUUUAUUAUGAUGGUAAAGAAAUGAAAUUGAGUCCAGAAGCAGAGGAAGUUGCCACUUUCUAUGCACGCAUGUUGGAUCACGAUUAUACUACAAAGUCUAUGUUCAACAAUAAUUUCUUCCAAGAUUGGAGGGAAGUAAUGACUGACUCAGAAAGAUCUAAAAUAAGAGACUUAAGUAAGUGUGAUUUUAAGGAAAUGCAUGCAUAUUUUAUUCAAAAAAGUGAAGAGCGAAAAGCAAUGACAAAGGAAGAAAAGCAAAAAAUAAAGGAACAAAAUGAGGAAAUUCAGAAAGAAUAUGGUUUUUGUGUUAUUGAUGGGCAUAAAGAGAAAAUAGGAAAUUUUAAAAUUGAACCACCUGGUUUAUUUAGAGGCCGUGGUGAACAUCCUAAAAUGGGUAAAUUGAAAAAGAGAGUCAUGCCUGAAGAUAUUCUUAUCAACUGUUCUAAAGAUUCCAACAUACCAAAACCACCUUCGGGCCAUAGAUGGAAAGAAAUUCGACAUGAUCCUAAUGUUACAUGGCUUGCUUCUUGGACUGAAAACAUUCAAGGACAAGUAAAAUAUGUCAUGCUUAAUCCCUCUAGCAAACUCAAGGGAGAGAAAGAUUGGCAAAAGUAUGAGACUGCUAGGAAGUUAGCACAAUCUAUAGAUAAAAUUCGUGCUGAAUACAAAGAAGAUUGGAAGAGUAAAGAAAUGCGUAUAAGGCAAAGAGCUGUUGCCUUGUAUUUUAUAGAUAAAUUAGCUCUGAGAGCUGGUAAUGAAAAGGACGAAGAUCAAGCAGAUACUGUAGGUUGUUGUUCUUUGCGAGUAGAACAUAUUUCAUUGCAUGAACAAAAGGAUGGAAAGGAAUAUGUAGUUGUGUUUGAUUUCUUAGGUAAGGAUUCCAUAAGAUACUACAAUGAAGUGCCAGUAGAAAAACGUGUAUUUAAAAAUUUGCAACUCUUUAAGGAAAAUAAAUCGCCCGGUGAUGAUCUAUUUGAUCGUCUUAAUACAACCGUCAUGAAUAAGCACUUGAAUGAAUUGAUGGAAGGUCUUACUGCUAAAGUAUUCAGAACAUAUAACGCGUCAUGGACGCUACAGCAACAAUUAGAUAAAUUGACAAAUCCUGAUGAUACAGAAGCUGAAAAAAUUUUAUCAUAUAACAGAGCAAAUAGAGCAGUUGCAAUUUUGUGUAAUCAUCAACGUUCGGUACCUAAAACUCAUGCGAAGUCUAUGGAAAAUCUUAAAGUAAAAAUAGAAGCUAAGAAGGAAGCUAUAGCUGAAGCAGAACUUGCUGUGAAGGAUGCCAAACGUGAUGCCAAGCAUGGAUCUGUUAAAGAAAAAGUUGUAUAUGAUAAAAAGAAGAAAACAUUGGAUAGAUUAAAAGACCAGUUGACAAAAUUGGAGGUCCAAGCAACGGAUAAAGAGGAAAAUAAAGAAAUUGCAUUAAGCACCUCCAAGCUGAAUUAUCUUGAUCCUAGAAUUACUGUUGCAUGGUGCAAGAAAAAUAAUGUCUCCAUUGAGAAAAUUUACAACAAGACUCAAAGGGAUAAGUUUAGAUGGGCAAUAGACAUGGCAGGACCGGACUACGUCUUUUAACCCUAUGAAGAAUUGGUUAUUUUACAAGAAAAUAAUUCCCACUGAUUGUAUUUAGUGAAUUUUUUGUUUUAAUAAUCUGAAGAAAAAAUGGUAUAAUUUUCUAUAUUUACAAGAUGAUAAAAGCAGGAGGGUGGAGACAUAUUUUAUAUAGGACAGUGCGUUAAAAAUUUUGGUGAAGACAUUAUAAUUGAUGUGUAAUAACGACACAUACUCAUAGCUCUAGAGCUGAUCGCUUAGCAAUCAAUGUAUUAAAAAUUUUAGCGGUCGCAUUCGCAUAUAGGCGUUGUUUCAAUUGACCUUAUAAUUAUCGAACACGAAAAUUGAAUAGUAUGACAGAACUUUAAAUUCCUUAGAUAGAAUUUCUGAUGUGUGUGAAUUAAAAAAUGGAAGCAAGAUUCGUGGAAGUGAUCUAAGUUUAGAGGACAUAUUUGCAUUAUUUCGAUAGUACAAGAAUUUCAUGACCUCUAAAUUUAGUAGUGUACACAAAUUCAUGGGCUGUAGCAUUGUAAAUAGAAUUUAUUCGUGAAAACUUUGCCAGCCGAUGGAGAGAAAAGUGUGCGUGUAUUAGGUCGAUAAAAAAAAUUAACGCGUCUGCCAAACGAGUAGGUAAUUUUAUAUUUGUUUAAUCUGACUUUUCUUGUAAAUGUAUAAUAUCAUCAGUGGAAAGUCAUUUACAUCGUGCAUUAUAACAUUCUAGAAUAUCUAGAAUGAUUAGAGUGUUGGAAUCAUGCGCUCUAUGUAAUUUUUUAGUAUCAAGUUUAUUGAAAACGAAAUUGUGGUUAGCAAACUUAAUUGGAAUAUAUAAUGCCCCAAAAAAUAAUUAUGAUAUAGUGAUGUAUUUAAAAAGUAGAUCAUCGCUUUUAGCGAUUUAUGUUUUAUAAAACAAUGUUUAGAUUAUAAUAAAUGUGAACACAGUGUAUCUUUAACAUUUUUUUUUAAAUAUUUGUACACAUACGAACCUUAUAAUCGUUAUGAUAAGCAUCACGAAAGAAAGCUGCUGGUUUUAAUGUGUUAAAACCUCACUUUUCACGCUCACUUAGCAAUAAGAAAUUCUAAAACAAAAUUAGUUUUGUUUCAAAACUGUAUGAUCGAUGUGAUUUUAAUAGAUACUAAAUACGUCUUUAGUAGCAAGAUACACAAAUCAGUUGCAAUAGUUUUCAAAAAUCUUAAUUCUAAGAACAAAAACAUAUAUUUGUAUAUGUAACUAAUGGGACUCAAGUUACAUAUUAAUCUUUGAAAAUACGAAAUAUCUCACAUUAAUUUGUCACGAGCAUAAGUAAAACAUACUUAGAAUAAAUCAUACUAUUUAUCUUGGAAUGUAAAACAGCGACGAGUAAUUCCCUUUCAUAAUUAGAAAAAACGUAAAAUGUUAUUGAUUUUGAAUAUAUCAUAAGUAUUAAGUUUACUUCCGUUUCUAAUAUCUUAUAUUCGUAUUGCUGAUUGCUCGUCACUGACAAAAUAUUCCUACGACUAUGUUGUAUACAUACAAAUAUACUCGAUUACUUACACCUAUAAUUAUAUAUAGGUAUAUAUACAUAUAUAUGUAUAUAUGUAUAUAUAUGUAUGUAAAAUACACAUACACACACAUAUAUAUAUAUAUACAUGUAUAUAUAUAUAAGUAUAUUUUAAAAAAUUACAAUAACAAAAUUAUACGAAUGUAUAAUCAGAAUGGUGGUUCUUUAAAAUCCCUACAUUAACUGCACGUUAGUUUACUUUAUUUAUAUGACAUGAAUUGAAGCAUUUCGAAAAAGUUAAGAUAUUAUUAUGACUAUUAUAAUCAUCAUCAUUAUUAUCAAAGACCACUAUUCUCACAAAACUGCCAAUCAUUGUACGAUUAAUUGUAUAAUUUAAUAGUCUGACAUGCUACAGAACCAGUUUCUCAGAUUAGAUAUAAGUUUUGUAAUAUCUUAAGAGUUCCAGCUACAAUUUAUAAUGGCUAAAGAAUUUUAUUUAUAUGAAACACACUUUACUACUGCUUAGAAGUAUAAAAAUAUUCAAUUUCUGUUAACUGAUAUUAAUACUAUUUUUAAUUGUAUCUUUUUUUUCUCCUAUUGACAGCAGCGAAUAUUUUUUUGUGGGCAAAACUGGUACUGUGUGAUAGACUGAAUGUUAAUUUAUAUAAUGACAUAAGUAGACUGAAUUUAAGAUACACAUGUAUGCAUAUGUAUAUCGCAUUCUUAACUUACAAAUUGAAAUUAUUUGCAAUAUAGGGGUUAGUAAUUACAUAAUAUUACAGAUUAUUAAAAAAAGAACAUGCAAUCAGAGAGUAGGCCUUUGAUAUCAAAUGUUUUAUGCACGUAACGUCAGAUGAUAUAACAUUUUUAACUUUUACAAAUUGUGAAUGGCAAAGAAACGCAAUCGAUAUAUCUAGUACAAUGUGAUCUGUGCACAAAUUAAACGUAUAUGUAUAUUUCGGACAUUACCAUUUCUAUACGAUGCUAGAAUAAUAAAACUUAUAACGUCGAAAAAUUGGUUCGUUUAUUUAACAUGUUGGACGAUCACUUACUAAUUAUAACCGAAAUUUCAGUUAUUAAUAUAUUUCAUAUCAUAUUGUGUAUGGAAUUGAAAAUAAACUUGAUGUUUGUAAUAUCUUAAGGUGCAAGAAACAUAAUUAAAAAGUCAUUCUGAUUUUUAUUCAUUUAUUACUAAAGAGCAAAGUACAAUAAUAUAAUUUAUUACUGCAGUUAGUGGUAAUAGAAAUAAAUUACUAAUAAUUUAAUUAAAAUAAUCAUGAAAAUUUGUAAUAAAUAUUAAACGAUGUAAAAACUUACAAACAUAACGUCCCAUAUGCGUGCAGUACGAUUUUAUUUCAAAUUAAAUUAAAUAAAUAAUAAAAAUUUCGCCUAUUAUCAAUGUUUCAAGCCAGAGAAAACAUUAAAAGAUGUGAAAUGCGAAAAAAGAAACAAAAAAACUAUUAAAAAACCUAACAAUAAAUAAAUAAUUUAACGCGAAGAAGAUAAUAUUAUAGAAAGUAAUUAAGAAAAUGUAGAAUUACAUUUUCAAGUUAUUGUAUUCUGGCUAGUGAAACAUUUUCAAUAAAUAUUACAGCUUAACUAAAAAGGAGACAUCGUAGUGUAAUAAGAAAUACAUUGUUCAAAUAUAUCAAUAAUAUAUAUAUAUUAUUAUUGAUAUAUUUGAUAUAUAUAUAUAUCAUAGAAGGCUGAUAAGGCCACGACCACUGAUCAAUUAUAAUACAUAUUAAAACAAUUUCUCGUAAAGAUGUGCAACACAGAAAAAUUGGUGAUAUGCAUUAUUAUGAAGAAAAGAUAACUAAAAGUCAAAGAUUGUAUUGCUUUCAGCCUUUCAUCGCAUUAAUACAUCAUACUGCACAUAGCAUCACCGUUUUAGUAUAUAAAAUAUAAAAUCUUGAGAUUAAAUGAAAUCUUUUUUUUUGGUUAUUAUGUCACAGCAGAGUAAUUACCAAAGUGGUAGUUCCUACUUUUAACCCUUAGCACUCCAUAUGAUUUUGUAAUCUACCAAUAACUCCAAGCCGUUUUUAUAGUAUCUCUAGCACAAAUAAAAAAUGUUAUAUUGUAACAUCUCUUAGAUUUCUUUAUUUUCCUUCUUAAUACAAAAUUUGGAUGUAUAGAAGAUCCAGUAAUCUUAGGGUAGUUCUUCUACAUUUAUUCAUUAAAAUAUUUAAUAGUAUGUGUCAUAGUGGAGCCUACAGAGUGCAAAGGGUUAAACAGGUAGACUAGAUUAGGCUAAAUCACUGUUUGUUUCAGUAUUCUAUUAUUUUUGUUACACGUAACAAGAAAGUGUUACAUAGAAAAAAAAUGUCUUGAAUGUUUAUGAAAAUAACAUUCUAAAAUGGUCAAUGGUCAACUUGAACCAAAGUCCAUUCUUUUAUUAGUGUAAUUAUUGUUAACUUUUCUUUCUUUUUUUUCUUCUAUUCAGAAUUCGUAUCUAGUACACAUAAUUAACAAUAAUAUUUGUCAAUAAAAAUGCUAUGUUAUGUUUUUGAACAUAUUUUAA